GCGCUUCCACUGCUUUCCUGAGGCUGACAAGUCCGCUUGACGCGGCAUCACGUGUUUCGGGGGAGGAGUCUACAGAAGCUGGAAAGGGAUCUGGCGUAGCGGAGUAGAAAUAAAUCGGGCACCAAACAGGCGGUGACAGGAAACAUAUGAGAUUUCAAAGAGGAAUUGCUACACAUCCAUCGGAAGAUGGACAAUUAUUUUCAAGCAGUGGUUAUUGAUCUGGAUAAAUUGCUAGAUGAUUUUGAGCAAAAUGCAGAUGUGCUUGACAACUAUCAGUCGUUGGGAGCAUCUUUUGGCUCAAACCAGUGCUCCUUAUACUCAGAUGACAUCUGCCAUCAACCAGAAUUCUCAGCACCCCGAAAACAACUGAAUGAGAGGAACAGUCCCCAACAAGCACUUUAUUCUGCAUAUGAAGACGUUGAUUUUCAAACUUACUGCCCUGAGAUGUGUGCUGAAAAAAACGUCACUGGCCUUGAUCUCUUAUCUUGUGUAGACAGUGGUGAUUCUAAUGAUGAUGUUUCAGGUCUGGGUAGAACAAGUGUGCCUCUUUGUGAUCUUAUCAGUGAUACAGGCAACCUAAUUCAUAAGGAUAUUAGUACUGCACCAGAGAUAUCCAGCACCAAUUUGUCUGAUCUGGAGUUAAUCUCUGACACAGCCAUUCAUUCAGUGUCUGGUACAGAAUCAUCCAUUUCUUGGCAAGCAGAUGCACUGGAACAUGAAGGUGGAACUUGGUUGCCAAUAACUCGGCCUAAUCUGUUAGGGAUAUGUUCAAAAGAUGAUAGUUCCAGCAUUAGUUUAGAUCAGAGUCUGGCAUGCAACUUGGAUCAAGAAAACAGGGCUAAUGAUUCUGUUUCCAACACUGAUACUGUUAGCAGCACCAAUACCUCAACUAGUGAUGGUUAUGUUAGCGAUGAUCUACCAUAUGAAACUUUAACAGGAGGACAAGAGUUUCUGGGCAUACUAGGUGAAAGAGACGCUCAGUGUUUACCAGGUGCUGAAAAUGAAGAGGCAAUAAAUGAAGGGUGUAUUGAAGCCUUGUGCAGUGAUACAGCUGUUAAGGGGAAAGGUGCUGUAGUCGGUCAUGCAAGCAGGGCAAUUGAGCCUGCAGCAGACCAGGGACAGCCCGUUCUAGAAACUAUAAUUACCUCUCAGUGGGCAGAUGACAUGUCUGAUGUUUCCACAGACUCCUCUGUGUCUGUAGACAAUGGUCAGAUGGAAAGCUUAGUGCAAAAAGAGGUUUCAUCCAGCACUUCAGUGGCAGCCUCUGUAAUAAACAAGUGCAUUGCACCAGAAAAAAUAAUAACAGUACAAAAUAACGAUGCCAUGACGACUGUUGGCCCUGUUGCUGUUACUGUAUUACUAGAUGACAAAGGACUGGAUGUAGAUUCUGUGCAAGAAGUGCAUGUGCCCCCUCUAGCGAAGAAGGAUGUUGCACAAGAAACCAAGUAUUUAGAUGCACAGGAGAAGAACACUUCACAUCAUGCUCCAAAAGCUUUGGCACCCGAUGCCAUGGAAUCCAGAAAGGAUGAACAGUUCUUAGAUAUUGCAUCAGUUUCCAAUAGCGAAUUUAAUGAGCACUUUUUACAUGAUCUAAUAAGUUGUGAUGUGUUAAAUGAAGCCUAUAUCAGUGAUGCUGAGCUUGAUGCUUUCCUUAAGCAGGAGGAUGGCCAGUUAAGCACUCCUUAUACAUUGCACAAUGAUUGUCCACCAUAUGACUUUACUUGUACUGGUAAUACACCUGCUGCUGGUGAAACUGCAGGUGAUUUAGAUAUGGACAGCCGUUGCGUUGGAGAUGAUUAUAUUGGAGCAGCAGUGAGCAGUAGCCCAAGCUACACAAGCAAGCAGGAAAGUAGUGUGUUGGGUGUCGAGUCUCAAGUUAAAAUAACUUCAGACAAGUCUCUUCCUGUUGCUGUAACAGAUGGCGACACAGCCAGUUUAAGCUCACAUAUAGGCGGUGCAAGGCCCAAACAGCUCUUUAAUUCCCAUCAAAAACUCUUGCCUGGUACAUCCCAAAAUGCUUUGGUAAAUGCAGAUCCACAAGACAAUAAUAGCCCUGAGCAGAGCAGUGCAGACGUUACUCCCAGCAGCCCCAUCUCUGUUGCCGAAGCACCGCCACAUUUGCCCAAAUCUGCAAACACAAAUGGAAGUUCUGAGCUAAGCAAGAAAGAAAAAGAGUGCGGAUCUGAAAAUGGAACUUUGCAAAACCCUGUCCUGGGUCAGAGACAGCCAACUUGGAUCCCUGAUUCUGAAGCUCUCACAUGUAUGAACUGCAGCGUUAAGUUCACCUUCACAAAACGGAGACAUCAUUGUCGGGCAUGUGGAAAAGUUUUUUGCGCUGUUUGUUGCAGUCAGAAGUGGAAAUUGCUGUAUAUGGACAAAGAAGCAAGAGUUUGUGUUGUGUGUUAUGGUUUAGUAAGUAAAGUACAGGCUUUUGAAAGGAUGAUGAGUCCAACUGGUCCUAGCCCAAAUCCCAAUGUCCCCUCUGAGUACUGUUCUACCAUCCCACCUUUGGUGCAGGCCCAGGCAGCAGGCACAUUUAACUCACCUCCGCCUACUGUUUUGGUGCCUGGCUCAGUACUUAAACAACCAGGAGUCCAAGGAAAUCAGAAAGAACCCAAAAGGGUCUGGUUUGCCGAUGGCCUUCUACCUAAUGGGGAAGUUGCAGACACAACCAAAUUUUCAUCUUUUGUCAAGAGGUCCUCACAGGACUUAAGUCCAGCAGCUUGCAGCUUACCAGCUCCCAUGACUGCUGAACAGACACCCAGUAACCUAAAAGAAGAACGGACACAUUUGGAGACCUCUCCAAUAGACUCAUGUGUGGAGAAGAAAGCCUUACCAGAAGCCCCAAGUGCCUUUAAAGUCAGCUCCCCUGCAGAUUAUUCUAUGCUGUGUGGGCUCGAUAAAUGUGUCAGCCGAGAUCUGAGUCUUAUACCAGAUGAUGAUGAAAAGCUGCCGCCUCUCUUACUGGCUUCUGGUGACGGAGGAGAUGCACUAGUAGAAAACAAUCCUACUAAUAAAGAGGUCUUGUUGCUUUUGGAAGAAGGGCUUAACCUAGCGACCUUCAUUCUCAAUGCAAACCUCCUUCUUCAUGUCAAGAUAGUAACCUAUGCCUCUGAAAAAUGCUGGUUUUUCUCAACAAAUGGGUUACAUGGCCUGGGUCAGGCAGAAAUUGUUAUUCUACUGGCUUGUUUGGAAAAUGAAGAAGUUCUCCCAAAGGAUAUGUUCAGAGUUUUUAUUGAUAUUUACAGAGAAGCUCAAAAAGGAAGAUAUGUAGGCGAUCUGGAAAAUAUUACAUUUACUGAAAGCUUUCUCAGUAGCAAGGAUCAUGGUGGAUUCCUAUUUUUUGCCCCUACUUUUCAGGAUCUCACUGGUCUCCCUUUACCCAAUAGUCCUUUUUUGUGUGGAGUUAUCAUCCAGAAAAUGGAGGCACCUUGGGCAAAAGUUUUUCCGAUUCGACUUAUGCUUAGACUGGGAGCUGAAUCUGGUGUGUACCCCUGCCCACUGAUGAGCAGAAGACAUCGAAAGCCAUUAUUUGGAGAAAUAGGACAUACAAUAAUCAACUUACUAACCGACCUUAGAAAUUACCAGUACACUAUACCACAUGUUGAUGGUUUGCUAAUACACAUGCAAGUGGGAAACAUUUCCAUAAAGAUCCCUUCAAAGAGACACAAUGAAAUCCUUAAAGUCAUUCAUGCUUGUAAUGAGCAUGUCAUAAGCAUUGGUGCUAGCUUUAGCCUGGAAGCAGACUCUCACCUGGUGUGUGUUCAGAACAGCGAUGGAAUCUACCAAACACAAGCAAACAGCACUCCUGGAAAGGCCAGAGAAGUUACGGGUGCAAGUUUCGUUGUUUUUAACGGAGCUCUGAAAACGUCCUCAGGAUUUCUUGCCAAGUCUAGCAUAGUAGAAGAUGGGCUAAUGGUACAAAUAAUGCCAGACAUGAUGGAAGCUUUGUGGCAAGCACUCAGAGACAAGAAGGAUUUCAGAAUUGCAUGUGGAAAGAUUGAUUCUGCAGACUCGAUGGAAGAGGUUACUAUUUGUUGGGUGGAGACUGAAGAAAAGCAAAACAAAGGGAUUACAAGCCCCAUUGAUGGUCAAUCUAUGGAAGGAAUUCCAAGUGAAAGAAUUGGUCAGGAAACAGACUUUGAAGUCAAUGAUAAAACUGUGAAAUGUACAGAGGUGUUUUAUCUGUUAAGGGAUGGUGAGCCAAACAGUGAAGUGGCUCAUUCUCAGUUCGCCAAGGAGAUAGCCACAGCCUGUGCUGCUGCUCUUUGUCCUCACAUCAAGACUUUAAAGGACAGUGGAAUGAAUAGGAUUGGCUUGAGAGUCUCUAUGGAUAUUGACAUGGUUGAAUAUCGAGCAGGAUCAAGAGGGCAGCUUCUUCCUCAGCUCUACUUGAAUGAUCUCGACUGCGCCCUUAUUCCAGUCAUUCACAACAGAACAUCAGACACAAGCAUUUUACCUCUGGUGAUGGAGCUGAUCUUUUUCUUAAUUGAAAACCUGAAUUAGCCGAGAUCAAGGAAUCUGUGUGAAACAAAGGUCACUUUGCUAUUCCCAGGCUUUCAAGCGCAUCAUCUGUAGCUUUUUGAGGAAUGUGACAAACGAAACAAGCUUCAGUGUUUUAUAUGGUUUAGUUAAAGGACCAGUAAUGUAAAUUCUUUUUUUAAAAAUUUUGUUUGUAUAUAACGGAAAAAAAAAGCACCAAGACAUAUUUAACUUAAAAAUCACAAAGUCUUUAUUAAAAAAUAACUUACCGAAACUCCGCUUGGGCUCCUCUUCAGACAAGGCGACAAUCCAUUGCUCGAUUUCUUCUCCAUGGCUAUCUCUUAUAGAAGGCAGGGAGGAGAAAUCGAGCGUCACACAAUGGAUCAUCGCCUUUUCUGAAGAGGAGCGCAAGCGGAGUUUUUAAAGUUAAACAUCUUUUUUCGUCAUAUACAAAAAAUUUAAAAAAAACAAAAUUUUACGUUACUGGUUCUUUAAAUAACCUCCUACAUUACCCAUCCACUCAUUCUCAUUGUUUCCUUUACUUUAUGUUGUGUUACUUUUUCCUUCUCCUUUUCAUUCUUUGUCACUAUAUUGUGUAUGUAUGGUAGGAGAACAC